AUGGCAUCACGCACGCUUCUAUGGGUUGCUAGUCUUGCUUCGGUCCCUCUUGCUUUGGCCGGUAGUCCGACGUACAGCGCCAUCUUCCAAAAUCCUUUGCCUUUGGCACCAAUCGCAACUCCGGCAAGCUCUGCCAAUGUCAAUGGUCAACAAAUAGACUUCUACGAGGUUACCAUCGAGCCAUUCCAGAAGCAGAUUUAUCCUGAUUUGGGGCCCGCCAACCUCGUAGGUUUCAAUGGUGUUGUACCAGGUCCGACUUACUAUGUCCAAAAGGGCACGCAGACAAUCAUUCGCUACCACAAUAACCACACUGAUGAUUCGGUUGUCCAUCUUCACGGCUCAAGCACACAUUCACCAUGGGAUGGCUGGCCAAGUGAUGAGAUUAAAUACGGUCAAUUCAAAGACUACUACUAUCCAAAUGAUCAAAACGCUCGUUCCAUUUGGUACCACGACCAUGCCGACGGCAUCACGACACUGAACUGUUUCAGAGGUCUAACGGGCACAUAUAUCAUCUACGAUCCGGAAGAAGACAAAUUGGGUCUUCCCACGAGCAAAUAUGAUGUCCCUCUAAUGAUCACUGACAAAAUGUACACCGAUUCGGGUGAUCUUGUCUCUGUUGCUAAUCAGUCUGAUGACUUUAUCGGCGACAUUAUGGAAGUCAACGGCCAGCCUUGGCCAUACCUUGAGGUUGAGCCCAGAAAGUACAGACUACGUCUUUACAACAUUGCCACAAGUAGACCUUACGAUCUUCACGUGGAGCAGUCGAACGGCGAUUGGCUUGAUUUCCAAGUCAUCGCUUCUGAUUCUGGAUUGUUUGGCUCUCCUGUCAAUUCCAACAACGUCGUAAUGGGAAUGGCCGAACGCUAUGAGAUUGUUGUAGACUUCUCAGCAUUCGCCAAUCAGAACUUGACCCUGAAAAAUGCAUUCAACCUUGAAGGGCCAGGAUACCCUCAGUACGCCAACAUGGAUCUCGCCAUGUCUUUCGUCGUUGGCGACUCUGUGAGCGAUUGGUCGUCAAACGAUGUUCCUAGCACUCUGAAUCCCAACAUCAAUUGGCCAGAGGAGAGAGAUCAAGUUGAUCAUACUUUCCGAUUCCAAAGAGGUGGCGAUAAUGUUUGGACGAUCAACGGAGUCGACUUCAACGAUGUCAACAACCGCAUACUUGCGAGACCGCCUCAGGGCUCGACACAACGGUGGAGAUUGGUCUAUGCUGGAGGUCCGGGCUAUCAUCCAAUUCAUGUUCACCUUGUGGACUUCAAGGUCCUUUCUCGAACUGGUGGUAGCCGCGGUGUUCUUCCGUACGAAUCUGCAGGUUUGAAAGAUAUUGUCCUUCUUGAACCUGGCGAAACCGUGGAUAUCGAGGCACACUAUGGCCCUUGGAAUGGACUUUACAUGUUCCACUGCCACAACCUUCGCCACGAAGACUCCAUGAUGAUGGCCUCGUUCAAUGUCACCAGGCUCGAAACCCUGGGUUACGAUAAUGUUGAGUCUCUUGAUAAUCCUGACGACCCACGGUUCGUAGCACAGGAUUGGUCCGCCGAUGCCUAUUCGGAUGAUCAGGUACAAAGCAGAAUCAACUACCUUGGCAGCUUGGGCGCAUACAACGAACAGUCCCAGAUCGUCAGUGCAGUUGCAGCGUACUACUCGAACAAUCCCAAUCCUCCGGUUGAGACUGGAAUAACUACAUCUCAGGCAGCCGCGCCGGCCCAACCUGCCCAGACACAGAGCUGGGGCCAAAAUUGGCAGAACUGGCAAAACGGCAGAGGAUCUGGAGGAUGGAGCGGCCAGAAGGGAGGCCGGCCAUGGCGGAGAUGA